GGUCCCUAUUCGUCCCUGGACCUCGUUAUCAAGCAGCCUCAGCACCAUCAUUUAAGUCAACAAGGGGCUCGGAUGAGAGGCAGGUCACCAACGCCAUCCUUGUACACACGCCAACUUUUGCAUACCCAAAUCAACCCCCGCUGCCCGACCCACACCAGGAGCAUUGCCAGUACCGCCCUCAGUAGACCGCCUCGUUAUCUCACGUCACCUGUUAACCGACUUGCAAUCACCCGUAUACCCUUUGCAUCUGCUCAACCCGUCAGAGGCUACGCAGCUAUGGUCAAGUUCACGCCCCCCACUUCUGUGCCUCCUCCACCCACCCGCGAACCCUCGGACAUUCACACCCUCUCAUCCAUCACCUCGUUCAGGCCCCUGCACCUGCACCUCGAAUGGGACGUCAACUGGGACAAGAAGCUCAUCUCUGGCAGUGUUGAGCACACCAUAAGGGCGCUCAAGAGCGGAAAGAAGGAGCUGCGCUUGGACUCUAGCUACCUCGAUGUCUCAUCUGUGACCUCGCACGGCCACAAGCUUGACUUCACUGUAGAGCCUAGGAAGAAUUCUCUCGGCUCACCGCUCGUCAUCACCCUGCCUCAGCCUUCGCAAGAGGGCGAGGAAUUCAAGCUGCACAUCAAGUAUUCCACGACUGCUGACUGUACAGCGCUUGGCUGGCUAUCCGCUGAGCAGACGGCAGCCAAGACAGCUCCUUUCCUCUACUCGCAAUGCCAGGCCAUUCAUUGCCGAUCAUUGGUCCCUCUGUUUGAUUCACCAUGGUGGAAGAUCACGUACACGGCCACUGUCAAGUCGCAAUACCCCAUCCUCAUGUCGGCUCUGCCCGUCGAUCCUGAGAACCACGAGCGCUUCCUUGACCCGGUCACUCCUGACGAAGCCAUUGCCAACCCAGAAGAGGUUCGCACCUAUGGCUUCUCUCAGAAAGUCAGCAUCCCUUCGUACCUCAUCGCAAUCGUGGCUGGGCAUCUUGCCUUUGCUCCGCUGGGCCCACGUACCGGUCUAUGGGCUGAAAAGCCUGACCUUGCCAGGUGCAAAUGGGAGUUCGAGACAAAUGCUGAGAAUUACCUCAAAGCACUCGAAGACAUCGUCAGCCCUUACUCUUGGACGCGGUACGACAGCGUUGUUCUGCCUCCAAGCUUUCCCUAUGGAGGCAUGGAGAAUGCCAACAUGACGACACUGACGCCGACACUGAUCGUCGGGGACAGGUCGCAGUGUGAUGUCCUGCUGCAUGAGCUUUCGCACUCGUGGUCGGGAAAUUUGACAUCCUGCGGUGACUGGUCAUCGUUCUGGCUCAACGAAGGAAUCAACGUGUACCUUGAGAGAUUGGCUCUGCAGUACGUUCAUGGACCAGAAGAGGGCCCAGCUCACCGCGGCUUCUCUUACAUCAUCGGAGCCAAGGCGCUGCUGGACGCCAGGAAGCAGAAUGAAGACACACCUCGCUUCCAGCGACUGGUCCCUGUCUUCACAGAGGGAGAGGAUCCAGACGAUGCCUUCUCGUCGAUUCCUUACGAAGCCGGCUCAAAUCUCAUCCUACAUCUGGAGAGGACAGUUGGAGGGCUGGACAUUUUCCUGCCCUUCAUCAAGAGCUAUUUCAAGACCUUCUACAACCGCUCGGUGACCACGCAGGAUUUCAUUGAUCACCUGUAUUCCUUCUAUGCAUCUUCUGAUGAGAUCACUGCAGAUCUGAACAAGGUCGACUGGAAGGCGUGGCUCCAUGGUGAGGGCUUGGCUCUUCCCGUGAAAAUGACGUACAACGACUCGCUGGCUCAGGAGAGCUAUGCGCUUGCAAAGAGGUGGUCAGAUGUGAUCAAGUCUUCGGAAGCACCCAAAGUGGGCGACUUUUCAAUAAAGGACAUCGAAUCCUUCGAUACGGACCAGCUGAUCGUCUUCAUGGAGCGGCUACACGAAGAUUCGUCUCUGAAGUUCCUGGAUAAGUACGCCAAGCACAUGGACGAGGUAUACCGAUUUACGAGCGACAAGGGCGCAAACGGAGAGGUUAUGCUCCGCUUCUUCGAGCUCGCCCUGGAGGACAAGGAGAGCAGCUUCAUCAAGGAGGCGGCGCAGUGGGUCUCUCGACAAGGAAGGAUGAAGUACAACCGACCCAUCUACCGUUCGUUGUCAAAGAUCGCUCCAGAGCUGGCGAAGAAGACGUUCCUGGAGCACAAGAGCUUCUAUCAUCCCAUCGCGGCAUCGAUGAUUCAGAAGACUCUGGGACUCGGGCGUCAGCCUUCCACGUCCACCGAACCGUCCCAUGAAAUCAUCGCUGUGAUCGGAUCUACAGGUACCGGCAAGUCCCAGCUCGGCGUCGAGAUUGCAGAGUACAUCUCUUCCGCCGCUGCCUCUUCCGCUCCCUCGUCUGAGAAGUACACUUCCGCUUCGGUCAUCUCUGCUGACUCGAUGCAGAUCUAUCAUGGGCUGGACGUGAUCACAAACAAGGCCAAUGUGAGCGAGAUGGCUUCCGUGCCCCACCACUUGAUGUCCUUUCUCCCCGUCGGCGAAGAGUACGAUGUUGGUAGGUUCUGUCAUGAUGCUAAGACACUCGGUGAGGGGAUGCUGCAGCAGGGAGAGCUUCCCCUGGUCGUUGGAGGUACUACGUACUAUGUUCAGCACCUGCUCUUUCCCGGUAAAGUCGUUACUGCCCGUCUGGCAGAGGGGCGUGGAGGUGAUAUUGAGCCCAGAGAGGCGAGCACAGUCACCAGCCCUGCUGAUGAGGAGCUGAUGCAGCGCAUCAGGACGUUGCCCCCUGCUGAGGCAGCAACGUGGGAGGCCGUGGUCUCCACAUCUCGCAAUACCUUGCCAGGCGUGCCGCCUCUACAUCUGUGGCAACUGCUGGAUAAGCUGGACCCAGAUAUGGCCAAGAGAUGGCAUCCCCAAGACAGUCGGAAGAUCUCGAACUCCUUGCGCGUCAUUGCAGACACUGGUCGGCCUCAUUCCGACUGGGUCAGGGAGCAAGAGGACGGAGGCAAGGGAGGCGAGGACACCUCGAACUCUCCGUCGCCCUCUGAAUGGGCUGGCAGGCCGCUGCGGGUGUUACUGAUCUGGGUGUGGGCUUCUCGAGACGAUCUCUAUCUUCGGCUCGACAAGAGGGUGGAAAAGAUGAUUCCGGCUGGGCUCUUAAAGGAGAUCUGCGAGCUGAGGGAGAUCGCUGAAAGAAUGAAGACAGACGAGGGCAGAGACGAGACGGACUAUACGCGGGGCAUCUUUCAGGCUAUAGGCUACAAGGAAUUCAAGCCUUUCCUAGAUGCCCUUGACGCUGCAGGUACGUCCGGUGUCAAUGUAGAUCUAGCUGCUCUAUCACCGGAGCUCAAAGCACUCUUCGAGCGCGGUCUGCAAGGCAUGAUGACCGCGACGAGGCAGUACGCGAAGAAGCAAGUCGCCUGGAUGAAGAACAAGUUGCUGCCCGAGGCCAGGAAACGAAGAGACAGGGGAGAGGAGGUAGAGGUCAUCCUUCUGGACACCACCGAUGUCGACAAGUGGCAAGACAAUGUCAAGACGCCGGCACUAGAGGCUGUCAAAAUGUUCCUCGCCGGUAAGAGGUUGCCUGCGUCUGUGCAUACCGAGGCUUCAAAGCGGGAGCUAGUGCCUCUGCUGAAAGAGCCGGAGGCGAGGCCUGAUGCUGCUGUCGCCGCCGACGCUGGCUCAUCCUCCUUGUCUUCAAAUGCAUACAAGCUGUGCGAAGUCUGCACGAACUCUCGUGAGAAGCCAGACUCUGCCCCAGUCUACUACCGGCAAGCCGACGAGCGACAUCACAUGACGAGCAAAAGCCAUCGCCACGCGCUGAACAGGAUCCGCAAUAAAGAACGACUCGAGAGCGAAGGCACCUUAGCUGACGCUAGUGACGCUGCUCUGCAGAAGGCAGAGCAGAGAGCUGCGAAGAGGGCAAAGGCGAGUCACUCCAAGGCUCCGCAAGAAGAGAUGGGCGACGCCAGCCCUGAUACAAGUAUGCCACAAGACCAGCCGGCCCUCGCCUCUGGCGCGACAAGUUCAACAAAUAGCAGCUCAACGGCAGGCAAUCUCAGAAGACGAGGUGAAGAGGAGUCUGGUGCCCACCUCGAAGCAGACAGGAACGACUUCCCUGCCAUCCCUCCCGAUUUCAAUCAGAUUGACCACAAGCACCUUCAAGCUUCGCACCAGCAAGGCCGAGCCUCUCCCCUUUUCUUCCUCAUCGGCUUCCACUUGCUGCUCGCCUGUCUGACCCUGACUUUCUUCCAGCCAGACGAGUUCUGGCAAUCGCAAGAAGUGGCUCAUCGACUCAGCUUCGGGUACGGGUACCUCACGUGGGAGUGGCGACACCCUGGAGGCGCUGAGUCUUGGCUUGGACUAGUGACGCAGCAUGGCUCGCCCCGGAGGCUCUGGGACUACCUGCAGGGAGGUCCAGUAAGGAGUGUGCUGUACCCUCUCAUGUUUGUGCCUGGCUAUCUGUCGCUCAAGUCGACAGAGCUAGAUCAGUACUUCACACUACUUACCCUCACCCCACGUCUGAUCCAAGCUGUUCUCUCGGCUGUUGCGGCUCAUCAUACAUAUAUGAUAGCUGAUCAGCUCAUCGGAGGGCCUUCCGUCGGGUAUGCUACCCUUUUCUCCCUUCUCACAUCACCGUACUAUCUCUAUACGGCUAGUCGUACGUUUUCAAACACUGCUGAAGCGAGCUUGAGCACUAUCGCCCUUUAUUCCUGGUUCAAGAGCACGCACGAGGCUAGUGGCGGACAUAGCCUGCCACUGAGUUUGGCCGCUUUGGCUUGCCUCAUCAGACCGACGAAUGCUGUCCUCUGGAUGUUUCUGUUCGCCGAAGAGAUGGUUAGAUCGCCAGGAGCCAUCAGCGGUUUCAAAGAGAAGAUCAGACAACCUGCCGAUAGACGUACCUCUCUCAUCGUGAGCGCCAUCGUCAUUGGUCUCGUCUCCCUCCUCGUCACCGCUGUCCUCGACUCCUGGUUCCACCAAAGACCGGCACUCCCACUCAUUCCCUUUUUGAACCAAAAUGUCUUCCAGUCCAUCUCCCUCUUCUACGGGUCCAACCCCUGGCACUGGUACCUCAGCCAAGGUCUGCCCAUUGUAGGCAUGACCGCUUUGCCUUCCAUCUUCCUCGGGGGGAGGAACCUCUUGUUGCAGGGCGGAAUCGGCAGGUCACUAGUCAGACUGACGCUCUGGACAAUUGCGGUGUACUCGUGUUUGGGUCACAAGGAGUGGCGCUUUCUCCAGCCGGUAGUGGCGCUACUGCACAUCAUGGCGGGCAAGUACCUCGCUACCCCUACCUCCAGUGCCAGUAGUUGCGCCCCUGCCAGCGCCACAAGCGCAACCAGUAGCGUCUCCAAGCAGCGUAGGAGCACUUUUUCCUCCCUUCUCACCAGCACGUCGCACCGCAAGCUCUUCCUCCUGCACCUGAGCACCCUCCCACUGGCGAUCUACCUCCUCCUCUUCCACUGCAUCGCCCAGUCCUUCACUCUACCGCGCUACCUGCGUGCAGCGCACUCCAGGGGGGAGCUCAAGAGUGUGGGAUUCCUCAUGCCCUGCCACUCUACACCUUGGCAGAGUCACUUUCACUUGAAGGAGCUCGAGAGAGGAGGAGGAGAAGAGGAUCGACUCUGGUUCAUCAGCUGUGAACCUCCCAGAGGAAACUCCACUGACAACCUCAGCAGCAGCAGCGGCAGCGGCAACGGCAGCGGCAACGUCUAUCGCGACGAGUCCGACUACUUCUACCAGGAUCCGCUACGCUACCUCCGUCUCUACCUUCCUUCGAAGGUGGGCGAGUCCUUCGUCUCCACUCCCGCUGUGGGAGAGUGGGACACACGAGUGCACCGCGCGAUGUGGGAUUCACCCUCGGGUUCGCAAUCGAGGGGAGAUGCAGAGGAGGUGGUAGGCUCAGACGUACCACUGCACCAAUGGCCCACCCACCUAAUCACAUUCGAAGCGCUUCUCCAACCCCUUUACUCCAGCACCACUCCGCCUCCUAUCCCUCAAGAAGUCGUAGCAGCUCCGUCUGUGACAGUGGAGACUGAGCUGCGCAAUAAAGGCUACAUAGUCGAAGCGCGUCUCUGGAACAGUCUCUUCCACGAUGAUCCACGACGCAGAGGACGGGUUAUCGUCUGGAGAUGGGUGGGUGGAGGAUAAAGAGGGCUUUGCAGGGAGAGUCAGGAGGGGCAUUUAGGGUUUUUAGGGGCAAG